AUGAUAAAGCUGGUGGUGUUGUACUGCCUGUUGGCUGCCACGUCCGCGGGUUUCAUCGCACCCCUCGCUUACCCCGCACCACUUGCCUACAGUGCAACUGUUCUGGCGUCCUCCAACUACCGUGGACCUCUGUCCCUGGCUCCUGGUCAACCUGCUAACAUUCUUGCUGCUGAUGGCAGGCCUCUUGACGUGAACUUGGACCGCGCUGCUCACUACACCGCAAAGGCUCUGAACAACGGUUUCCAUCUCCUGAAGAAGCGUUCCGUCAUCGCGCCCAUCAUAGCUGCUCCCAUCGUUCGCAUUUCCUCCCCCGCUGAUCACCCACACUGUGCCUCUUACCUACUCUGCACCUAUACUUGGCACCGCUCACGUUGCUCCUCUUGCGUAUACCCACACAGCAGUCACUCAUGUCUAGUAAACAUCAAAAACAAGAAAUGUAAUCAAAUUUAUAAUACAUUAAAUAAACGAAUUUGGUAA